CUCUAUAUAGCUACACUUUCUAUAUACUAAUGUCACUAUAUCAAUCAUAACCAUUACUCUUUGGCUGUUUCUCAAUAUAUGAAAAUGUCCUAUCAUAACCUUAUAUAACCUAUCACUAAUCACAUUGUUCAUCACUAUGUAUCUGUGGGAUCUUUUCUAUCCUUGUAAAAUUAUAUUUUGUCUAAACUUGUGAGUUGGCUAGUAACAUGUCAAAGUCAAGAGAUGAGAAAAUGUCUGAAAUGUCCAAAUGUAGUGAUAGUGAUUGUAGUUGAAUUAGAAAUGCGAGUUAAAUAAUUGUCGUUUGACCUUCUUGAAUGACGGUUUCACGUGUUAUUUUGUAGCUAAACGUGUUAUUAAGUAGCUAAUUUUUAUUUUUAGCAAAUCAUCUCUUUCUAUUCGGGUUUAUUUUCACGUGUAAUUCUGCUCUAAAAGUGUAUGUCUAUUUUGUUUUGCAAUACUCUUGUUUAAUUUGUCAUAACGUCAAUAAAAAUCUAAUCGUACCACCGCUGCCCCCUAUCGAUGAAGUGAAAUGUUGAUAUGUUGCUUAGAAACAUAAGUAAAGAGAAACGUUGUGACACUUAUGCUGAGGACAGCAACCAACAGUGGAAAAAAAUUAUUCUGAUAAAAGGUGUGUGGAAAAAAAGUAUAUGAGACAAACGGCGUUUACCUUUGCAAUGGAAGAGUCUCUGAUGCAACAGCACCUGGUCCACUACAAACAGGCCACAGAAUCUGCUCGGGAGGAGUUAGCUGCCCUCCAGUCUAAAUAUCAGCGUCUCCAGUCACAGUUGCUGGAUUGUCAAUCGAAGAUUUCAUCUCAGGAGACUAUGGUGCAUGACAUGAGAGAGGUAAUUGACAGGCACAAGGAGACCGAGGCCAGACAGACCUCUCUCAUCAGCUCCCUCAGGGAGCGUAUCCACAACACAGAACAAGAGAUUGGCUUCAUCGCAUCUUCCAAAAGCAUUAUAGAUAUGAAAUUACAAGUACUUACCAAAGAGAAUGAGGAGCUGAAACAGCGAGAACUGCAAAUGGAGAUAAAAUCUAAAGAACAUCUUAGAGAAUGGGACAAAGCAAAGCAAGACGCAAGCGAUUUACAGACGAGGUGGGAGGAGUUUGUGUCUCGAUUAGCCGACAAACUCUCCAUUGAUUUAGACAGGAAAUGUAAACCCCUGGAGACCAUUAUCUCAUUGGUGGAUCAAUGCUGCAAACAGAGAGACAGACAGAAGACUCAGAUCAGCGCCUUAGAGGAGAGUGUGAAGUGCCACGAGGUGGAGUCCAAGGCCAGCAGGGAGACGGUGAGACGACUAGUAGCUGAUGUGGACCAUGAACAGAAGGUCGCAGCAGCCCGCGCUAGUGACCUGAACUCAUUCAGACAGGACCAUGAGCACGCGCUGCUCAGGGAGCAGAGUUUGGAAGCCGAGAGUCGGAGCCUGAGGAAGAAGCUGCAGGAAUGUGAGCUGGUGCUGGCUGCUGUUAGGGAGGAGUCCAGCUGCAACAGCAAGCACUCUCAGGACCUUGAACACUCGCUCCACAGGAGCCAAGAUGAGGUCCACGUAUUGCAAAGUCGCAUGGAGACCUUCAUGAAGGAGAUGGAGCUUCUGCUCAGGGCUCAGUCUGCAACUGCUGUGCCCAAAGAAGAACACAUACUGGAGAGACUCAGAGAACUCUGCAAAAACCAGAAGAACAGUAAUGCGGCUGUGGCUGAGAUGGAGGUUAGGUUGGCAGAGGGGUCAUGUGACCUUGCCAGGCAGACAGAGCUACUGAGAGGUGCAGAGCUGAGGGCCCAGCAGCUCCAGAACAGGUUGCAGGAGCUGGAGACCGAGCUCCUCACUGCAGGAGUCAGCAAAGAUGGGCUGAGCCAAGAGAAACAGCAAUACCUGCAAUUUCUGGAGCAGCUUUCAGAGAGAAUGAAGAUCGAGCAUGUAGUAACAGAUCUGGGCUUUGACAUGAGACUUGAGGCUUUGCUGACAAGAGCAGAACAACUUACAAGACAGGAGGGGAGUGUGCUGGUGGAAACCAAAACUCUGGUCUACAGUCUUCAGAAAAAGGUGAAGGACCAGAGGGAGAGGCUGGAGAGUAAGGACCUGCACAUGGAGCUGUUGAGAAAGAAGGUGGCCCAGCUGGAGGAGGAGAAAAGGAGUCGCUCGGCUCUUGCUGUGGAGCACGAUGAUGCCACCCUGGCCAGCAGGAAGCUGCAGAAGAAGGUGGAGCGGCUUCAGGCUGAGCUUAGCGUCAUGCGCUUUUCCACCACUGAGCUGAAGGCCCAGCUCUCCCACACCAACGAGCUGAAGAUUAGAGUGAUGGAACAGAAGCAGACCAUUGAGGAGCAAAGUAAGUGUCUGGGAAAACUUGAGAAGAAUAAGGCAAAAGUGGCAAAGAGACUUAGCACAGUGAAAACAGAGCUGCAGAACCAGGAGUACAAAGCUAGCCACGAGCUGCAGCAAGCACAAAGGCUUCUCCACAGCCAGGCCAGCACCAUGGCAGAACUGGCCCACAGGGAAAAACAGCUGCUAGACUUCUGUAUGGUGGUGUCACAGAUGUUAGGGGUGGACACGCCAUGCUCUGUGCCCAGCAGUGCGGUUAUCAAAAGGCUGGAGGUUCUAAUUCACUCAAGCCACCAUCACCGUCCUCUGGCAUGCCAGUGUGGAGCACCAUACUGUUUGCACUGCAUGGCUCCAAGCGCUGCCUGCUCCACCCUCUCAGCAGGUCCCUUGUUGCCUGAACCACUGGCCCUGUCUCCACCUCCCUCCAGAACUACACCGUGAGGAGGAUGUGACACUCAGGGACAAUGCCUCAUUAGUUCAUAACCAGUGGCACACAAUUAUAAAUGGUAUUUACAAGGUAAUAUGGUACAUUUUAUGACAGUGGUUGAACAAUAUUUAAGAAGCCUCUGUCUUCCAGGGAAUUCUCUUUAACAGGUUACAUUAAAUAGUGUAUUUUGUGGUUUACAUCACGAUUUGUUUUUAGAUUUC